AUGUGUAAGGGAUUAGCAACACUGCCUGCAACCUGCUUGAAAAGGUAAGAUGGUUAUUCUAGUUUGUUAGCAUGUUGUUGUAGAUCACUAUCAACAUGUGUGGAACAUGUAUUGACUUGUAUGGAAGAGGAUGCAUGCAACAGUAACAGUUGGAAAAUGCUUGGUUUAAAAUUUGAAACAAGUAAUGCAACAUGUGAGAUUCUAACAACUGAAAGAUGUAAUGUCUGUGCUGCAAUGGGAUAUUUUCAGACAGUAAUGUAUGUUGUAUACGAGCCUUGUGUGCCAGGCAUCUUGGUUCUGCUAUAAGUGCAUUACAUAUAAUAGGACACACCACUGUGUCUUAAUGAGAUGUUUUAAUACAUUCUGUAGCCUAACACUACCCACUUUCUCUCCUCCCUCAGUGCCAAAGACAUUAAACACAAGAUUGGCUUUCUGCUCCAGAAGCCUGAGUUUCCACCAGACCAGAAACCGGUCAAAGAGAAGACCACCGCUGCCAAGAGGUGAGUGUACAGGAGAAUAAUGACACUUUGAAUGUAUUGAUUGAUUGAUUUAUAAUUUAUUUAUAAAGGACAUUUCUUUGAGAUUAAGGAUCUAUUUUACCAGGGAUACCUGUUAUAUGACAGCAGCAAAUAAACACUUGAUACUCAAUAUCAUACAGACUGAACAAAAAUAUCAAUGCUACAUGUAAAGUGUUGGUCCCAUGUUUCAUGAGCUGAAAUAAAAGAUCCCAGAAAUGUUCCAUACGCACAAAAAGCUUAUUUCUCAAAAAUGUUGUGCACAAAUUUGUUUACAUCCCUGUUAGUGAGCAAUUCUCCUUUGCCAAGAUAAUCCAUCCACCUGACAGGUGUGGCAUAUCAAGAAGCUGAUUAAACAGCAUGAUCAUUACACACCUUGUGCUAGGGAUAGUAAAAGGCCACUCUAAAAUGUGCAGUUUUGUCACACAACUCAAUGCCACAGAUGUCUCAAGUUUUGAGGGAGCGUGCAAUUGGCAUGCUGACUGCAGGAAUAUCCACCAGAGCUGUUGCCAGAGAAUUGAAUGUUCAUUUCUCUACCAUAAGUCACCUCCAACGUCAUUUUAGAGAAUUUGGAAUUACGUCCAACCGGCCUCACAACCGCAGACCACGUGUAACCACACCAGCCCAGGACCUCCACAUCCGGCUUCUUCACCUGCGGGAUCGUCUGAGACCAGCCACCCGGACAGCUGAUGAAACUGAGGAGUAUUUCUGUCUGUAAUAAAGCCCUUUUGUGGGGAAAAACUCAUUCUGAUUGGCUGGGUGCCCCUGCCCAGUCAUGUGAAAUCCAUAGAUUAGGGCCUAAUGAAUUAAUGCAAUUGACUGAUUUCCUUAUAUGAACUGUAACUCAGUAAAAUCGUUGAAAUUGUUGCAUGUUGCGUUUACAUAUUUUUUCAGUUUAAUAUUGAACAACACACUAGAGAUCAUAGAUAAAAUAGCCUUCAGACUCCAUUAAAUUAAUUUAUCACACCAUGGGGAAUAAUGCUCUUAAGGCAAUAACCAUUGAACACGUGGGUAAAUAGGUUUUAAUGCAGGUCUACCCGCUGGGCACAGACGUCAUUUCAAUGUCUAGUUUUGAUUUACAUUAGGUUAAGUUGUCAACUGAUGUGAAUUCAACGUGAAAUCAACAUAACAUGUCACCAUGUCCUUGUAUUUAGGUUAAAGGUUGGGUGAAAAAAAGACAAAAUUCCCUUACCUGAAUGACUUUCUGCAAAUCCAAUCAGUUUUCAACAUUGAUUCAACGUCAUCACAUUUAUUUUUGUUGUUGAAAGGAUGUGGAAACAACAUUGAUUCAACCAGUUCUUGCAACUGUUUAGCAUCUGUUGUCCCUAAACUAGUUAGCAUAGACAACAUCCAGCCUGACUUUUUAUUUCAUUAGCGCUAAAUCUAAUCAACCUAAUCAAUCUAAUCUAAUCUAACCUGAUGAGAAAAAAUUUAUGCAACCCCUUAAUUGCAACCUCACAAUUUGCAUUAAUAUUGAUCAACUUUGAUCAUCUGAUUGUAGCCAAUGUAGGUGAUAUCAUUUGACUUCGGAAUAAAAAAUUUAAAUGGUACUUUCAGUUAAAAAACAAUCCCUUUAAAAUAACGCAUUCUAUCAUGGCAUUUGCCUAGCGGCAUACAGUUCAGCAGAAGCGUUUUUAGGAUUUACACACAUGGGGGGGAAAUCUUAGGCCUACAUGACAGGAGACAUUAUCAGAAUCCUUUUUAAUACUACACAAUGACCAAAAUGUGUGGCUACCCUGACACUGUCAAACAGAUACAUAAAAACGCAUCUUAGGCUAAGUUCAUUGUUGAAAAUAGGAUCCUACGGUUCUAAGAUGAACUUAGCCUUAAAAUGCUUUUGAGAAACCGGACCUUGGUCUUGACCUGGCCCAGUGCCAAUAAAAAGAAGGGCGACACACAGAUUGUACAAUAUUAGGAGGAAAUAUAUAACUAUUAUAUACUGCAGUAGGCUACUAAAUCAACUUUCCAGUGGCACUGACUCACCCAAUGAUGAAGAUAACAUGAAUAUGCAUAGCCUAGGCUUCUCACCGUACCUGUGAUGGUCUCAAGAUAAACCAGAGCACACUUUAAAAUACAGUACUGUUCGUCCGAGUUGUUGAGAAAGAAAAUGGUAGCUUCUACUGACAAAUUAGUUUUCUCUUUUCAGCAGUAGGCAUUUGCUUUCCAAACCUUUUUCCCGCGAUUGUAUUUAGAAAUUUGCUAAAAGCCUUUAGCUAUACACUGAAAGCGCAUAGAGAAAUAAAAUCAGUAGAAAUAGAAUCCAUAGAAUGAAAGUGCCCAUUCAAGUCAGGACUGACAGCCAUUUUGAGCAUACCCAUGAGUUUACCAGUCAAAUUACCAGGGUGAGGUUCCAAAACCCUUUUCCAGCUAGCACAUUUGGUUCCUUGGAAGUUGUGGGAAUGUACGUUUUUUGAUAUCCCAUUGGUUCUGGGAACGAAGCCAUAAGUUUCCUGACCGUUAAAACAUAACGUUUAUUUUACGUUCGGAAAACAGAAUGUGAUUUUUUACAUUACAGGGAGGCUCUGAGAAAGUUUUUCUAUGGUUCCCAGAAAGUUUUCCUGGGAGGUUUUAUUAACGUUCUGAGAACACAAAUUAUGAGUUAUUUGAAUAACAUUCUGAGAACAUGUUUCAAUAAGACUUUUAAUAACACUGCUACUUUAACUGUUUUGAACUCCAAGCACAGAUAGGACACAUAUAAAUUCAGUUGCUUAGGCAUUAAUCAUGCAAACACAUGUCUUUUUUAUUCUGGCAUGACAACCUAUGAUCUUCUGCUCUCUAACCAUGGGAUUAGUCCACUGCGCCACCAGGAUGGAGCUAACAUGCCAUGUUUUUUUAAACUCAUACAAGGCUAUUCAUUUCAGUCUAUUCAAACACCCUAUUUCAAAGGAAACAAGCAUUCAUUAAGAUCAGGUGUAGCCAAUUAGUGGGCUCGACCAACACACCUGAACACAUUUAACAAGAUAGUAGAUAGAUCGUUUUGUUGAUGCUGAUAAUGGAAUGUAUUUGUUUUAAAAUAACAUUAGAACGUUCUUUGAACGUUACUAAUGUUUUCUUGUGGUUCUUAUGGAAGGUUUUCUUAAUGUUCUGAGAAGAGGUCUUUAAAUUGAACCAUGAGGAAACCUGCAGAAAACUUUAUGCUGAAGUACUGGAAUUCCCACAGAAGAAUGUUGUUUUUCAACAUUCUCUGAACAUUCUGAGAACAUUACUUUAAAUAGGACCAUGAGGAAACCUGUAGGAAAAGUUAUGGGAAGGUUGUAUGCAAUAUAACCAUAGGACAACCACGCUCUAAGAACAUGUGGUUCUCAGAACGUUAUGUGCUAGCUGGGUGCUAUGGAUUAUAUUCUAUGGCCGCAACUCAACAAUCUGUUCGAUAUUUUGCGUGUAUGCUGCCCAAAUUCAGUGUGUUUAGACAGGAGUAAUUAUAUAAUUUUGGAAACAUUAUUUACAUUUAUCAGGGGGUGCUGCAUCAGCUUCAGCACCCCUACAUCCCGCGGCUAUGGUCCUCCUGCUCAGUAUCAUUCUGUUUCUCCAAACAAACAUUUCUAAGUUGCUCCAAACGUUCAAUUUGGAAGUAUAAGGUUUUGGAUAGGGUUAAAACAUUAAGUUUAUGGACUCAUUCCGAAUGGUUAAGGGUCCAGGGUCAUGGGAUUAAGCCCAUCCACCACUCUGUUCACAACCGCGCAAAACCCCAAACCUACUUGAUGGUAAUAGCGCUCACUGUUGCCCCUAGUGGCCGGUUUUGAAGGCAUUUCCCGAUGUCCUCAGAACAUGGAUAGAUGUCCAAUUUCGAAGUCUCUCUUCAGCGAUCUGCCUGAUAAUGUUAUAAAAUGGUUGGUUACUCAUUAGCUCAAAUAGGUGAAUAAUGUAAAUAAAUUAUGGUUACUCAGUAGCUCGAAGAGGUGCACCCGGUAUGGCUAAUGCUCAUGGAAAAUACAGUUGUCAAUGUCAUGUUGUAAAGAACAUUAUGAAAUCUACUGGUAGGCUAUCAUUAAAAUACAGGUCAUCAGCAAUAUGUAGGUCAAGAACUGUGAGAUAUCACACAACAGAUGUACUGAAAUAUUUCAAAUAUUAUUGUUUCUCCCAGUAAUACAGGUGUACAGUAUAAUAAUUAUGCUCUUUCUCUGGUUUUAGAGGUUCACCUGCUGAUGUUGAGAAAUGGAAGCUGUCCUUCAACGACCUGAUGAAUUGUGAAGGUGAGUUUCUCACAAACCGAAGAGACAUCUUUAGAAUACUGUAGGAUUGGGGAGUUUAUCUUGCUCAAAUGUGCUCAAAUGUGAUGGUUUACUGAAUUGAAAAGUUGUAUUGAUUUUGAAUUUAAUUGAAGCACUCUACUGCCCCUUGUGUAGAAUUCCUGAACUCCCGAAUCUCUGACAAAACUCUACCAUGACCUAUUACCAGCAUACACUCCAGACGUGUGCUACGUGUCUGGAGGGUAAGCUGGGUAGCCCCUAGGCGCCUGCUGCUCUGCUCCCUCCUUGUGUGUGUGUGUGAUGCGCAGGUUGAACCAUAACUUGUGUGGAUGAAGGGCGGGUGGGUGGUGGGCAGGUUGAAUAAAGAGAAAACAAUGCAUGGUUUUUAAAAGUUAUUUUUCUUCAUAAUUUUUUUCUGUUUUUUGUAAGUUUUAUUUUUCCAUUAUUUUUAUCUGGCAUUAGUGCCUAACUGUACCCGUCAAAUACACACCAAUCGCCAAAUGCUUUUGGGAACUUGGGCAGAAAAAGUUAACGACGAUCGACUGAGGCAAAAAUAACAAUGUUAAAUUGAAUUAAAUAAGAGAAAUGCUGCGAAAUGGAGAGUUAACUUGAAAAUAAACAGAAGGGAGGGACUGAACAGCAAUGUUUGGGAUAGAUUUGGUGAAAAGAGGAUGAUAGCAGUGCCGGCUAUGUUAUGUGUGAUGAUUAUGAGGCGCUAUACAAAUUCCACAGUCACAAGUCGGGGACUUCAGAAUGGCACGUCAAGGGAACUGUAGGCUCAGAUGGGCUAAAUGGAAUAGUUGCCAAAUUGAAAUCUGGACACUGACUGUAGGUCUAUAACCUCUCACAUAUCCUUAUAUAAUAUUAGCCUAACUUCUGCAGGAUUAAGCAUUUCUUGCAGUAAAAUGAUACACCAAAUUUACAUUUUGAAUCCGGAACAGGAGUGGAGAAAUAGGCUAUAAUUUAUUUAUUUCAGCAUCUUGCUUCACAAAGAUGAAAGAGAACUUACCAUGUCAACUAGAUUGAAGCAUUAAUUCCAUCGAUUUAUGACAUUAUUCUGUUGAGCAAGGGUUUAUUUAGUCUUCUAGGAUAACAAGUAAUAACAGAAGAGAAGCUGCAUGUACAUAUAGCCUACCAAAAUGUCGGAAAUUAUAAGCAGAUAAAAAAUCCUGCACCCCCUUUCAAUAAAUCGUUCUGCCAUCUCUGACUCUACAACCCAUUUUCUAUAUUUGCGGGUUAGGGUCGGGUGCGGGGCACAGAUUUUCACUUUAUCACAUAUAGUCGGGUGGUUGCGGAUGGGUUAUUAGCAAUUGCGGGCAGGUGCUGGUGAACAAACAGCUGACCCACGCAUCACUAGUGUGUGUGUGCUGACAGUCCAUGUGGUGUCAGGCUGUCUGUGGGGACACCCAACCUAGUCUCAGAGCAUUUCGUAUUAUUCUGUACGUACAUCCAGGACACUCCAUUUAGUAUGAUAUGUUACCUUUCGUAUGGUAUGUAUUAAUUUGUAUAUGUCCAGCACCCAUUUCGUAUGAUAUGUUACUAAUUAGCAAAACGUAUGAUAUGUUAUGAAUUCUAGCUAGGUCGCUAACGUUAGCUAGCUGGCUAACGUUAGCUAGGCUAGGGGUUAGGGUUAGGGGUUAGGGUUAAGUUUAGGAGUUAGGUUAAAGGUUUAAGGUUAGGGUUAGGGGAAGGUUUAGCUUAACGGGUUAAGGUUAGGGUUAGGGUUAGCUAACAUGCUAAGUAGUUGCAAAGUAGCUCAAAAGUAGUAAAUAGUUGAAAAGUUGCAAAUUAGCUAAAAUGCUAAAGUUGUCCAUGAUGAGAUUUGAACUCACAACCUUUGCGUUGCUAGAUGUUAGCGUUAUAUGGCUACCCAUCCACCCCAACCAACGACCCUACAUUCAUUUUUGCCUUAAAUAACAAUCUGUCUUAUGUAACCAUACCAAACGUAGCAUAUCAUACUAAUUUGAGUGUUCCGGAUUUACUUCUACUAUGUUACGUCUAGUUUAUGAGACCAGGCUGCGACACAGAGCAGGAGCAACAUCUCCUGAGAACCAUCCAGGCCUUGACCUCCACCACUGACUCCCUACAGAGGAUGCGCGACUCUAUAUCGCGAUACGAGCGAGCGAGGAUUAAAGUGAGCGAGAGAGAGCUAGAGCUGAUAGACCUAGCUCGGAUAGUCACUCUAUCUCUCUGCGCUCUCUAUCGCUCUCGCUCUGAUCUCACUUCUCUUCUCUCUCUCUCUCUCUCUCUCUCUCUCUAUCUCUCUCUCUCUCAACCCCCCCGAACACUCAACCCAGCACCCAGGAAAUAUGUCUGGAUGUUACACAUGCUAAGUAAGAGGAACUGAGACUAAUCUAACCUAUCCUCUUUCUCUCUUUGUCUGUCUGUCUGUCUGUCUGUCUGUCUGUCUAUCAGGUGGUCGUACAAUGUUCACUGCGUUCCUGAAGUCAGAGUUCAGCCAGGAGAACAUGGAAUUCUGGAACGCUUGUGAGGAAUACAAAAAGUCUGCCCAAAACAAGAUGGCGGCAAAUGCCAAAGAGAUCUACGAACAGUACAUCGAGGCAGACUCUCCAAAUGAGGUCAAAUGGAAAUAAGAUUUGGCAUGUUUACGGCAUGAUCAUAAAACUUUUUAUAUUUUUCAUUAUUUAACCAGGCAAGACAGUUAAGAAUACAUUCUUAUUUAAAAUGACAGCCUGGACAUAUGCAAAUAUUAUGUCAACCAAGCAAGAGCAACACAACCUAUACCAACUGAGAGACACUCUCAAAAGCGGGUUAAAACUAUAAUUUUGAUAUCAUCAUAUCAUUUUGAUGUCUAUGAAUUUGAGAGUGGUUACAUUUCUCCAUCCCCAUACCUCAUUUUUUCACCAAAACAGUGGUGGGGAGAACGCUUUGUUAUUGUUUCAUCUGUGGAUUACCUCUUCAAUGAUUCCCCCCUUCCUAAAAACACCUGUUGUUUUUCCUUUGGGAUUGUCCUUUUGGAUUUGUAUAGCAAUUUGUAAGGCACAUUAUGUUGAUACAGUAUCCAUGUUUUAAUGCAUUACUUAUACAGUGUGUAUCUAUUUUUCCCUCUCCCUAUCAGGUGAACCUGGACUCAGCAACGCGAGAGGAGACCAGACAGAACCUGUCUAUUGCCGGCCUAUCCUGUUUCGACAACGCCCAGCAGAAGAUAUUCACUCUGAUGGAGAAAGACUCAUACAGACGGUUCCUCUGCUCCAAACUGAUCCAGGAUCUGUCCCUGUUGCCCACUACCACCCCACUCUGUGUGCUGAAGAUGAAAGGAGGGAAAAUAGGCUGUUCUGAGAACAGAUGUGGUGCAUAG